AAGUUUUCUAUAUAUGGAACCUUUUUUGUCCGUUGAUGAGAAGCUCUUUCCUUUCUUUCUUUCUACACCAUAGAAUCCACUCUAACCUCCACCUAUACUUACACCAUCUCUGUAUCUAAAUCCAACCUAUACACACACAUACAUUGUUAGUGUGUGUUUUUCUCUUACAGUUCUGCUGCAACUUCAAGAAUUUUUUUUGACUAUGAACUCUUCAAAGGAUUAUUCAUGGGUUUUCAGGUCUAAUCCUAUGAUUCAUUGGUCUUUUAAGGUACUUAUACUUACGGUUUUUGCUGGGGUACUAAUUGUUUGGGGGAUUGAUGGGUGGGAUGUGAGUAGUUUUCAUAGAGAUUUUGUUGAUGUUAGGCUAAAUAGUAACAUUACCCAUCAAGAUUUUGUAGUGAAUCAUGAAAAUGUAAGUCAAAAUUAUGUUGCUAAGCCGUUUAAUUCCACUGUUGUUGAAAAUUUAGCAAAGAAAAUUGAUAAUUUGGUCCCUGAUGUUAGUAAAGUAAAUCAAACUGAACCAAACAUAGCAAGUGUAUCUCGAUUGCCUGAGGUUGGGGGAGAAAAUAAAAUGAAAGCAGACAUACGCGGUGUAUCUAGCUCGCCUGAUAUUGCUCAAGUAAUACCCCUUAAUGUUACACAACACAAGUUUGAUGUUAGUGAUGGUAGUCUUCUGAGUGUUCAAGAUUCGGGGUACUUAGAAUGGGUUUCAGCUGAAUUGGAACCAAAUUAUACGAAGAAUCUUUUAGCUAAUUGGUUGGCACCGGGUGGUGAGCCGUGUAGGGAUUCACUAACUGUAGACAUUGUGAUUCCGGGUUUUGAUGGUAAUGACCAUAUUGAGUUAUCUACUGGGAAGAUCCAUGAAUUUGUUUUUCAAGCAGUGGAUGAGGAGGGAAAUGCUCGCUGUUUGGGUGGGGAUUAUUUUGAAACGGAUAUAUCUGGUGACUUGUGGAAGUCGCGGCCUCCUGUUCAAGAUUUAGGAAAUGGUACAUACAGAUUUUCUCUUCAAGUCCAUCCAGAUUUUUCUGGGAAAUAUGAGUUCACUAUCAUUUUGUUGUUUCGGCAUUAUCAGGGUUUGAAAUUCUCCCCGGAGAGAUUUUCAUAUGAUAAAGUACUUCGUAAAGUCCCUAUAAAAAUGGUCAGGUCUUCUGAUAAAUUACCAGAAAUAAAACAGUGCCAGAAGUCUGAUCUUAGUAGGAAUCUUUGGUCAGGUCGAUGGACUCGACAUGCCAAGAAUGAUAGGUGCAAUAUUAGUAAUGAUGGUCGAUAUAGGUGUCAAAAACCAAAUUUUCCGUGUAAAGAACCAUGGUGCUAUGGUUCUUUGGGCUUGUUAGAAAGUAAUGGGUGGACAUACUCAACUCAUUGUUCUUUUAAACUAUACUCUAGUGAAGCUGCCUGGAAUUGUUUGAACAAGCGGUGGAUCUUCUUUUGGGGUGACUCAAAUCACUGUGAUACGAUAAGGAACAUAUUAAAGUUCAUUUUGAAUGUGAAUUUUGAUGUUGUCCCCAGAAGAUUUGAUAUGAACAUCACUAAUCCAAACAAUCCUAUGCAAUCAGUUCGCAUCACUAGCAUUUUCAAUGGAAAUCAUAAUGCGAGUGGUAAUUAUCAGGGCUUGAAUUCACUGUAUAAUGUUCCAUAUAGAGAAUUGUUGAAGCAAUAUUUCUCCCAAGAAACUGUUCCGGACACUGUGAUCAUGAAUUCAGGCUUGCAUGAUGGAGUAUAUUGGCCUAAUAUUCGGAGAUUCAAUAAGGGAGCAGAGGAUGCGGCAGCUUUCUGGGCUGAAUUGUUGGAAGGAGUGAGGCACAGGAAAGUGGCGGCACCAGAGGUUAUUUUUAGGAGCACAAUCGCGACAGGAGGAUAUGCUCGAAGACUGGCCUUCAAUCCUAGCAAAAUGGAGGCCUUUAAUGGGGUUCUCUUGGAGAAACUUCGACAACACAAUGUUGUGUCUACAGUUAUUGAUGACUUUGAUCUUACAUAUCCAUGGCAUUUCGACAACCGGUGCAAUGAUGGGGUCCACUAUGGCCGUGCUCCGGCAAAAAUGCGAUGGCGUGAUGGCGAAAUUGGCCACCAGUAUUUCGUUGAUCUCAUGCUGUGUCAUAUCCUGCUCAAUGCGUUGUGUGAACAUUAACCAAGCCGUAAGCCAGUUUCUUUAAUCUUGGUCCAGCUCAAACACGCGUGCACAUGAUCAUGAUCACAAUUGUUGUUACUUGUAAGCACGCAAUUUGGCAGCUCAGAAAUGCUGGAAAGUUUUGCUGGCAAUGAUGGAUUCCACGGUAAGAUAUGUAGUCUUUGGAAGUAUACCAGUAGAUGGGGUGUUAUUGUAUUCUUGUGUUUUCUCCAGCCCAUAUAAGAAGAGCUGAAUAGAGUAUAUAAAAUAAUUGAUGUGCAAUUGUCAAUAUAGCUUCUUAGAUAUUAUUAUUUUUUGGGUAUCAUCUGUAAUUUUUUUAUUUUUUUGUAUAAAUUGAAGCUCAGGCUAUAGUCAAUGUUAAAUUUUCUUUUUGGA